AUGUUCAUUAGUUUUCAACAAAGUCUUCAAGUUGUCUCCCAAAUUCAUCUUAAUUUUCAACAAAGUGGUACCAGAGCAAGGUUCUGGAAGAUUGUUGAGAAAGGCCAUAAGGAGCAAGAAGAUGUUGCUCUUUCUCAAGCUCAACGGGAAGCCUUGAGGGAUUCAAGAAAGAGAGACAAGAAAGCUCUCUACCUCAUCUAUCAAGCGGUGGAUGAAGAUGCAUUCGAGAAGAUCUCAAAUGCAACUACGGCCAAAGAAGAGUGGGAGAAGCUUCAAACUUGCAACAAAGGAGUGGAGCAAGUUAAAAAGAUCCGUCUUCAAACUCUUAGAGGUGAGUUUGAACUUUUGUUCAUGGAAGAAUCUGAAUCAAUUUCUGAUUAUUUUUCUAGAGUAUUGACAAUUGUCAAUCAAUUAAGAAGAAGUGGUGAAUACGUUAGUGAAGUGAAGGUUAUAGAGAAAAUUCUUCGCACUGUAACUCCAACAUUUGAAUACAUUGCUACAAACAUUGAGGAAAAUAAAGAUUUAAAAACUAUGACUGUUGAGCAACUCAUGGGUUCUUUACAAGCCUAUGAAGAGAAACAAAAGAGGAAAAAGAAGCAAAAGGAGACGGUGGAGCAAUUACUACAACUCAACUUGAAGAAAGAAAAUUUUGGCAAUAAUAGAGAUCAAAGAGGAAGAGGACGUGACCAAGGAAGCGGACAUGGACGUGGCCGUGGACAAGGAAGAGAAGGAAGGGGUGGCUUCAACAACGUCAAUAAUGGAGAAAGAAGUCGAAAUCCACAAGCAACAAGAGGACGCGGAAGAGGCAACACAUGGUCAAGGAAUGAUAAAUCCCACAUCAAAUGCUACAAUUGCAAUAAGUUCGGCCACUAUGCCUCCGAGUGUAGAUCAAGGAAGGUUGAAGAAAAGGUCAAUUUCAUCGAAGACAAAGGUGGAGAAGAAGGAGCAUUGCUACUAGCUUUCAAAGACAAAGAUGAAGGCUAA